GGCCACACGGCUGCGGGGGCGGGGCCUGCCGCUCUCCGCGCGCCGGUUCCGGUCUCGCGGCGGGCGCGGGUGUUUUCGGGCCUCAGCGACCCGCGGUGCCCGGGAGCAUCAUGGCCGCGGCCGCGUGGAUGCCGGCGGUUUCUCGAUUGCUAGGUGCUUUCAAAAACCAAAAACAGGUGACCAGAAGUUUUAGUAGUGCUGUACAAACAGUAACUUUAAUCCCAGGAGAUGGCAUAGGACCUGAAAUUUCUACUGCUGUCAUGAAGAUCUUUGAUGCUGCCAAAACUCCUAUUCAGUGGGAAGAAAGGAAUGUUACAGCUAUCCAAGGACCAGGAGGGAAGUGGAUGAUUCCUCCAGAUGCCAAAGAAUCCAUGGAUAAAAACAAAAUGGGAUUAAAAGGGCCUUUAAAGACCCCAAUUGCUGCAGGACACCCAUCCAUGAACCUGCUCCUGCGUAGAACCUUUGACCUUUAUGCAAACGUCCGUCCCUGUGUCUCAAUCGAAGGGUACAAAACCCCUUACACAGAUGUGAACAUUGUCACAAUUCGAGAGAACACAGAAGGCGAAUACAGUGGAAUUGAGCACGUGAUUGUUGAUGGUGUUGUGCAAAGUAUCAAGCUGAUCACAGAAGAAGCCAGCAAGCGGAUUGCAGAAUUUGCUUUUGAGUAUGCCAGAAACAACCAGAGAAGCCAUGUUACUGCUGUGCACAAGGCAAACAUUAUGAGAAUGUCUGAUGGGCUUUUCUUGAGAAAAUGCAGGGAAGCAGCAGAAAACUGUAAAGACAUUAAAUUUAAUGAAAUGUACCUGGAUACUGUGUGUCUGAAUAUGGUUCAAGAUCCAUCACAGUUUGAUGUGCUUGUUAUGCCAAACUUGUACGGUGACAUCCUCAGUGACUUGUGCGCUGGACUGAUUGGGGGUCUUGGAGUAACACCAAGUGGCAAUAUUGGUGCUAAUGGAGUUGCCAUUUUUGAAUCGGUUCACGGAACAGCACCAGACAUUGCAGGAAAAGACAUGGCAAAUCCAACUGCCCUUCUGCUGAGUGCUGUGAUGAUGUUGCGUCACAUGGGACUACACAAGCAUGCUGCAAAAAUUGAGACAGCUUGCUUUGAAACAAUUAAAGAUGGAAAGGUCUUGACAAAAGACUUGGGAGGUAAUGCCAAGUGUUCAGAAUUCACAGAGGAGAUCUGCCGCAGAGUAAAGGACAAAGACUAAAUUUUUCUCAUACUACCUGUAAUAACUCCAAAAGGACACAGCACACAAAGUACAUUAUAUAUGAUAUCCAUACGCGUAUAGUUUGCUUGUCUCUUGAGAGCAAACUUUUUAGUUAGGGCCUCUCCAUUAAUAAAGUCAGUCCAAAUGGCUAUGAAUGAUGCUUGUGCCUGCUUUCAGUGGACUUGAAGUGUUUUGUCAUAUUUAUUUUUUUCUAUCUGGUGAACAUUUUUAUGUCAGUGAAUUCUUUCAUUGCCACUGGAGCUGUUCUACCAUUUCCCAUUUCACCUGGAGGUUUUUACUUUCCACAAAGAAAAGAAAAUGCAAAUAAACCAGUAAUAGAAUUAGUGAAAUAUAAAAGCACCUUAAUGGUUAAAACCUACUUUAUUGAUCUUGCUGGAAUUUAUGAGAUAGGUUUUCAGCCUAACAGGAGCACAUGAUGACCUGCAUAGACAGAAACGGGUAUGAAGUAACUAAAAAUGGCAAUUUCAUGUUAAAAGCAAUGAAGAAACCACUUUAGAUAGUCUGGUAAUUCAUGAAGUAUAGCCUUGACUUCUAAGGGCACGAAUAAAGGAAUACAAAAUCCUAGAGAUUUAAUCUAUUUGUGUAUUUUUAAAAGCCCACAACCAUUUACCAGCCAGGGGUGAGAAUUAAUGAACUAAAAUUAUUGUUCAAAUCCAUAGACCAAAAUAAUUCUUACAAGUUUUCCUCUCUGAAACACACUUUUCAACAGAGUUCUAAUGAGAGUAAAUUAAGUCAAAAUUAGUUCUGCCAUUUAUUGUGAGGGGAAAGUAUUAACUUUGCAAAUUUAUACUACGGAUUUCAUAACUUCAUGCUGGAGCGCUUUUUGUGUUGUACUUUCCUGCAUUCUGUUCAGUGUGUCUUACUGUAUUGACUAGUAAUUUUAUUCUAGAAACCCUGAAUGUAAAAGACUAGUCCUAAAUGGGUUAAGACAGAGUGAAGGUUUGGCUCUGGUGCCUACGUUCCAGAAAUAUAUUUCAUCCUAUUCAUGAGGAUCUUGGACUAUUUUUUUCAGGCUUACUGAGCUUAACGCACACAAAAGCAACUCUCUUUCUCUCCCUUCUUCUGCACAUACAGAUCAUCAUAUGAGUCAUUUGGAUGUGUAUGUCUCAAGGUGUGCUUCCAUUGGUACACCCUACAGGAAAAUGUGUGUUUCAAAACUCAUGACUACAGCACAGGAUUAUCCCUACUGCCAGUACCAGGCCUCUUAAAGCUUCAUUCUAUUAAUAGAUAUCACUCCACUUAGUUACUUUCUUUUACGACUGUUUAGACUGGUUGUUUCAGAAGUCAAAUCAAGUUUAGUAACAGCUUCUAGUGUUGCUGUAUAAAAGUAAGCAUCCCAGCUCUUCUUGUACAUUCUACCACCACCUCGGAGGCGGGACAAUGAGUUCUAUUCCUUGUGCACUCUGCUUCUGGUGAAUAGGGCAACAUUUCUUUCUGUGGUUUACAAGCUGCUGCUGCCUUGUUUCCUUCAGAUUAAUAUUGUUAAAGAACUUCGGAAUUACCAUUGCGCAGAAAUGGGGAAAAAUAAACUUUUCAAAGUCCUA